CACAAGCUCUAUGCUACCUUAAUAUCGGAAAAACUGGAAUUACAGUGGAGCGGUUCGCUCCAAGUCCUAAACCCUGACGACGACAGAAACUUAUCGUCUUCGUCCGCAGAGCAAACUUCGAACAUUCUGAAAGGAAAUCAUGGCUCAUCUUACAAGGGAAGAGGUUCUCAAGUCUGGGGAAGUAUCGGAAGAAUAUAGAAGGGCAUUCGAGGCACGUCCCUUUGAUGUUCACGGGAAUGACUUUUUCGACCACCGCGCGAAACGCGCCUCUCAUCUAGAGCAACUCCGUCAUCUUUAUCCCAUCUCAGGACCCAUUCCGAAUGAAGUCACGGAAACAAUGCACGAUGUUCCGACUCGAGACGGAUCUUCUAUUCGCGUUAGAGUAUACCAGCCAGCUAAUGGACCUCCUGAGGGCGGAAGUCCGCUUGUGGUGAUGUAUCACGAGGGUGGGUGGAGCAUGGGAGACUUGACUGACGAGGACUUAAAUUGUCGCAUGUUUGCGCGGGACCUAGGCUGUGUUUCUGUGAAUGUUGAGUACAGACUUGCUCCAGAGUUCGUUUUCCCUACCGGCGUCAACGACUGCUGGGACGCUCUGAAAUGGGCUAUCAGCUCUUCUUCGGCACUCAAAGCAACCCCAGAGAAAGGCCUGAUUGUAGGUGGGGCCUCCGCGGGUGGUAACCUCUCUGCAGUCCUCGCUCUCCUUUCACGAGACGAAAAACUAGACCCACCAGUUACAGGACAAUAUCUCUGUGUUCCUGCACUUUUGCCGCACGACAAAGUCCCUUCGCGUUUCGCACAUGUCUACCGCUCCCGCUUCGACAGCGUAGAUGACCCUAUACUAGGUAAGCUCGAUGGAUCUGCUAUUGUAGAGAUCUACAAGCCAGACCGCGAAUCCCCACUCUGGGAUCCAUUCAAUCAUGCUGGAGGUCAUAAGGGGGCACCGAAAGCGUACUUCCAGGUCGCCGGGUUAGAUCCGUUAAGGGAUGAAUCAGUGCUAUACGAUAGGGUACUGAGAGAGGCAGGGGUGUUGACAAGAUUUGAUUUGUAUCCAGGGUUUGGACAUAUGUUCUGGACAAAUUACCCCGAAAUGGAGAGUAGUAAGAGGUUUGUGGAAGACACAUUGAAGGGAGUGAGGUGGUUACUUGAGAAAUGAGCACGCUUACCACCUGUGCUAAGCGAGGGAGCAAGGACACCUUCUACGCGGGUUCCCCAGACGACAACCUUUAGGACGACAAAGAUACAAGGGUAUCCUAUGU